AUGGAAAAUUAAGUAGAAAUAAAUUACUAAUAGAAUUACUAUAAAAAAAGUGUCAUAAUUAUAGGAGCAGGGCCUUGUGGAUUGUCCAACUUAAAGUACUUGAAUAAUAAGGUCAAUGUCAUUUGCAUAGACUGCAAAGAAGAUUUAGGUGGAUAGUGGUACUUAGAUUAAUAUACAGAAGAAACUCACCCAAAUAUAUAAAGUAAUGCUUUUUACAACUAACAUGGAUUCUUGUAAAGUUCUAUGUACGAAAGCUUGAUCUGCAACGUACCUAAGUCACUGAUGAUUUUCAAAGAUAGUCCAGCAUAGCAAGAAUAUGAUGAAUAUAUGACUUGUUAACAAUUUUACUAAUAUCUUUAAGAUUAUAGUGCCAAGCAUGACAUGAAAAAAAAUAUGCUUUUUAAAACUUAUGUUUAGUCUGUUCGUUUAGCAGCCAAUUUAAGUGAAGAAGAAAAGUAGCAAGCUGGAAUUUAAAUAAGCAAGAAAUUCUUAGUCAAAAUAGUCUCUAGUGAUGACUAUACUAAAAAUUCGAGGUACCUAUAAGCAGAUUAUGUAAUUAUUGCUAAUGGCCAUUACUCAGUUCCUAAUUAUCCAUAUAUUCCAAAUAAAGAUGUUUUCAAAGCUUAGACUCUCCACACUCAUAAUUAUAGAGAAAAUCAUAUUUAAGAUUUCUAGAAUAAGCACUUAGUUAUUUAUGGAUGUGGCUUUUCAUCUCAAGAUAUAUUUUAUAUUUUACUUAAAAAAACUCCUGAAAAUUAAAGACCUUCAAAAAUUACUGUGAUUGGUAACGAAAAAAUCAUAGGCUAUUUUAAAUAGACUAAAAGCUACUUGCAAGAAAUAGAGAGUGGCCUUCUUACAUUUUUAAGUCCCUGCAUAAAGGAAUUUGAUUCUGAAAACUCUUUAGUAUUAUAAGAUGACCAAAAAGUAGAAAAUAUAGAUGUAUUUAUGUAUGCAACUGGGUAUUAAUAUACUUUCCCUUUCUUAGAUUUUGAAAAAGAUAAGUUAAUUGACUUGUAUUAGAGAAGAGGAAUUAAUUAUAGUUUAGGGCCUUUAUAUUUAAGAACAUUUAGCAUCAGAGAGCCUAAUUUAAUAUUUGUUGGUGUAGUUUAAUAAGUCCUAUCCUCAUAGUAAGGGAUAGAAAGACAAUCUAUUUUCGUUUCAAAGGUAAUAACAGAUGAAAUCAAAUUACCAACAGAGCAAGAAAUGCAACAAGAGUUUGAAAAUGAUUAUUAAGAAGCAUUGGCAUAAUACAAAGACGGUAAUUAAUAUAUCAAAUUCGCAUAAGUUUAAGGUAUAGAUGAAUUCAAAUUUUUCAGAUAAUUAGCUUAACUUUGUGAUAUUCCAAGUGAUGAAGAAUAUAAUAGCUAUGUACUAAAGCAUUUGUUUCCUCUUUAUGUAAAUGCGUUUUUAGGAAAUUAUCCUGACUUGAAAUCAAGUGAUGUCACUUCUUAAUUACCUCCUAAUUAUUAUCCUAAAUCUGAUCAUUUUUGA